CAUGAAGUGGGCGUCCUCGGGCCCGUUGCUUGCCUUGCUCGCCGCAACCGCAAAGGCCUGGCCCUACAAUGAAUCCCUCGUCGACUACAAUCUCAACACAAAUAAGACGGCAACAAACCCGGCCGACUACUGGGGAGAAUGGCCCAACCACACCGGCAGCUACCACCCCUCCCCCGAAAACUGGCGUUUCCCCGUGUACACCGUCUUCCUCGAUCGGUUCGUGAACGGCGACCCCACGAACGACAACAUCAAUGGCACCCUCUUCGAACAUGAUAUCUCCCAGACUCAGAUGCGUCACGGUGGCGAUGUGGUCGGUCUGGUGGACACUCUGGAUUACCUGCAAGGCAUGGGAGUCAAGGCCCUAUAUAUCGCGGGAACCACCUUGAUGAACCAGCCCUGGGGUUAUGACGGCUAUUCGGCGCUGGACACAACGCUCCUGGAUCAACACUAUGGAACCAUUCAAGUGUGGCGAGACGCCAUCACCGAAAUCCACAAGCGCAACAUGUAUGUCAUUUUCGACAAUACCAUCGCUACCAUGGGUGAUCUGAUCGGAUUCGACGGGUAUCUGAACACCACGGCCCCUUUUACCGUGAAGGAGCAUCAGGUGGUGUGGAAAUCCGAACGGCAAUACGUUGACUUCCGGUUCGGAAACGACUAUAAUGACACGUGCGACUACCCCCGGUUCUGGUUCGAGAACGGCUACCCUGUCCAGGAUGAUUUCGACCAAUAUGGUGAUUUGGCCAAAUUCGCCUCCGUCCAGGAUCGACUCCGUGAAUGGCACCCCUCGGUUCGCGAGCGUCUGAUCCGUCACUCGUGUAUGAUCAUCUAUUCGCUCGAUAUCGACGGAUUCCGUUACGACAAGGCGACCCAAUCGACCGUCGACGCGUUGGGUGACAUGUCCAGCGCGUAUCGCGAGUGCGCCCGUGCCAUCACAGGUGGAAACACCUUCGGUGCCAUCUAUCUCGGUCGAGGCCGUCAGCCGGAUCAGUAUCCCUCGUCCGCGGAGUACGCCAUGAACAUGACCAAUACCUCGGAUUCGCAAUAUUUCCUGCGUGAAGCCGGUCUCGAGGCGAUCGAUGGAGCGGCCUUCCACUAUUCGAUCUACCGAGCCCUUACCCGAUUCCUCGGCAUGGACGGUAACUUGGCCGCUGGCUAUGAUCUACCUGUCGAUUGGGUGGACGCGUGGAACGAGAUGCUGACUUCCAACGAUCUGAUCAACCCUAACACCGGCAAAUUCGACCCCCGCCAUCUGUACGGUGCCACCAACCAGGAUGUGUUCCGUUGGCCGACAGUGGAAAAGGGAGUGGAGCGUCAGUUGCUCGGCCAGUUCAUUACCACCCUGCUGCUUCCUGGCAUUCCUCUCCUCCUCUGGGGUGAGGAACAGGCAUUUUACAUCCUGGAUGCGACGGCGGCGAACUAUAUCUAUGGUCGUCAGAGCAUGUCUCCUGCUACCGCGUGGAGGGACCACGGGUGUUUCUCGCUGGAUUCCUCGCAGUACUACAAGUGGCCCAUCGAGAGUGGCCGCAAUGGUUGCCAUGAUGAGACGGUUGCUUACGACCACCGCGAUCCGUCCCACCCGAUGCGUCGCCAGUUCCCCACCCUCAACGAUGGUUAUACCCUCGAACGGCUGUCGAACAUGACCGAGAACGUGUACUAUCCCGGUUCGGACGGUGUGGCCACGGAGACCGGGAUGUGGUCGAUCCUCCGCAAUGUCGACGCGAACCCUAUCUGGCUGGUCUACCAGAACACCAACCGCACCAUCUCGUACACCUUCGACUGCACGGACAACGACACCGCGCUCAUCUCCCCCUUCGACACCGGCACCACCCACACGUUGAUCUCCAGCCCCACCAAGCUCGGCCUCAACGGCUCGACCGAGUACAACGGCUGUCUGUCGAACAUGACCAUGGCCGCGUACGAAUACCGUGCCUACGUGCCCUUCACCCCCGGACACGACUACCCGAUCCACAUCGCGCUCUCGAUGACCUUCAACUCGUCCACCGAGAGCGGCAACACCCCGACCCUGGAUACCAGCACUGUCAGCUGCAAGAACAUCACCGCCACCAACACCACCUACACCGGACAGCUCCCGAGCAACUGGAUGUGGUCGGCUAACCUGACGGGCGUCUACAACGGGGUCCAUCGGAUCACGGUGACCAACGUCAGCGCGGCCAGCGGCAACGAGACCACCGACGCGGUCGACCACUUUCUCUUCCGCAUCGGACAGGUCGAUAACCCGAUGAUCUUCAGCUCCGCCAACUACUCGAGCAGUUUGCUCCACGAGGACUCCAACGGCACGCUAUAUGUCGAACAUCACGCCGCCGGCGCCGACAAAUGGCGGUACUCGACCAACUGGGGCAGCACGUUCUCCGACUGGAAGACGUACACGGGGGGAAACGACACCAUCGAGAAGCUGGCCUGGUCGGGCACGAAGAAACAGGAGUGGGCGGGCGAGCACAUCCGCGUGGAGUACUGGAACCGCUUGACCGGUAGCAGUGAUUACCACCAGGAAGGUGACUAUGAUUGGGACGGCAAAUUCCCUCGUCGAUUCCCCCACGUCCACUUCAACGGACCCUACAACGAGUACGGCUAUGACGCGGGUUUGAACAACAAGGUCACCCAGGAUCAGGAGGACGGGCUGUGGAAGUACCACUUCACGAACGAAUGGCCCGCGGUCGCGCAGUUGAACAUCUGGGGCAUGGAUCCCAAUGGAAAGCCCGAUCAGAGUUGGGUGCUGGGUGAUGCGGACAAUGACUCGGUGCUCGACCGCAUGCCCCCCUCGUCUCUGUCGGCCACCCUGAUCAACAUCACCGAGCCCCCUCCGCACCCCUACAUCUCCUGGCACAUCCUCAUCAACGAUGGCACCCUGAAGUUCCAGCUCUUCCCCGUCGGUCACCAGAACGUGCAGAUCGCCAUGUACGUGAUGUUCUGGAUUGUCCCGGCCAUCACGGGCGCCCUGUGCGUGUACAUCUUCAUGAAGUCGUUCUACAAGGUCAAGUUCAACCAGGUCGGAGUGAGUGAGAAGCACCAGAUGAUCCCCCUGGCCAUCCGCCGGCGCUUCAAGCGCGCCCGCGGUGGUGAAGAGGGCGGCGGCGGCGGCGGCAACCCCCUGAUGCGUCUGGCGAACAAGUCUGGCUUCCUGCAGGCCACGACGGCCAUCGGCGGUGCGGCAGUGGCAGCGGGCGGCAAGCGUCGCAUGGUCCUCAUUGCCACCAUGGAGUACGAUAUUGAGGACUGGGCCAUCAAGAUCAAAAUCGGUGGUCUCGGUGUCAUGGCGCAACUCAUGGGUAAGACGCUCGGCCAUCAGGACUUGAUCUGGGUUGUUCCUUGCGUGGGUGGUGUCGAUUACCCCGUGGAUCACCAGGCCGAGCCCAUGAACGUGCGCAUCCUCGGAAACGACUAUGAGGUGCAGGUCCAGUACCACGUCCUCAACAACAUCACUUACGUGCUGCUCGACGCGCCUGUCUUCCGCCAGCAGUCCAAGUCCGAACCCUACCCGGCCCGCAUGGAUGACCUCAACAGUGCCAUUUACUACUCCGCGUGGAACCAGUGCAUUGCCGAGGCCUGCAAGCGAUUCCCCAUCGAUCUCUACCACAUCAACGAUUACCACGGGUCCCUCGCCCCCCUGUACCUCCUCCCCGGCACCAUCCCCGCCUGUCUGUCUCUGCACAACGCCGAGUUCCAGGGUCUGUGGCCCAUGCGCACGCUCAAAGAAAAGGAGGAAGUGUGCUCCGUGUUCAACCUGGAUAUCGAAACCGUCCGGCAUUACGUCCAGUUCGGCGAGGUCUUCAACCUCCUGCACUCGGGGGCCAGUUAUCUCCGUGUCCACCAGCAAGGCUUCGGUGCCGUCGGCGUGUCCAAGAAGUACGGAAAGCGGUCCUAUGCCCGGUACCCCAUUUUCUGGGGUCUCCGCAAGGUCGGUAACCUGCCUAACCCGGAUCCCUCCGAUGUGGGCGAGUGGAGCAAGGAACAGGCCCAGGCGAUGAGCGACAACGUCACCGUGGAUCCGGAUUUCGAAACCGCCAGACCCGAGCUGAAGCGUCAGGCCCAGGAAUGGGCCGGGCUCGAACAGAACCCGGAUGCUGAUCUGCUGGUCUUCGUCGGUCGUUGGUCCAUGCAGAAGGGUGUCGACCUGAUUGCCGACGUCAUGCCUGCGGUCAUGGAGGCGCGCCCGAACGUGCAACUGAUCUGUGUCGGGCCGGUGAUCGAUCUCUAUGGUAAAUUUGCGGCCCUCAAGCUCGACCACAUGAUGAAGGUCUACCCUGGCCGCGUGUUCUCCCGCCCCGAAUUCACUGCCCUGCCCCCCUAUAUCUUCUCCGGUGCCGAAUUCGCCCUGAUCCCCUCGCGUGAUGAGCCCUUCGGUCUGGUGGCCGUCGAGUUCGGCCGCAAGGGAGCCCUUGGUAUCGGUGCCCGAGUCGGGGGUCUCGGUCAGAUGCCCGGUUGGUGGUACAAUGUGGAAUCGACCGCCACGUCCCAUCUGAUCUACCAGUUCAAGCUGGCGAUCGAUGCGGCGCUGAGCUCGAAAACCAACACCCGUGCCAUGAUGCGUGCGAGGUCCGCGAAGCAGCGUUUCCCCGUCGCCCAGUGGGUCGAGGAUCUCGAGAUCCUGCAGACCACCGCCAUCCAGGUCCACAACAAGGAACUGGUCAAGAACCACGGUCGCCCCUUCACCCCGUCUGGCACCAGCCAGCCCAUGAGCCCGUCCCUGCCCCUUCCCGGCAUCCAGACUCCCCUGGCUCACUCCCGCGACAGCAGUUACUCCAACCUGAACCGCCUGAGUGAAUAUGUCUCCGACCCCAAGACCAACUACAGCCGCGACCCCAGCCCUACCGGUACGGAGAAGCCCAAAUCGGGUCUCCAGCGUUCGCUGUCGCUGGGUGUUCGCUCCGGACCCGGCCACCAGGAACGCCAGGCUCGCCGUGGACGCAACCGCGAUAGCAUCCCGGAGGACGACGGCGGCAUGACCGACGUGGAGGAGGGCGGCGAAGAUGACAUGGUGGCCAACCUGUACGCGGACGACGAGUACACCCUCACGCCGGCGCAGGUCGAGGAGGGCCGUCGUCUCCAGGCCCAACAGCAGCAGCCCGGGGGUGGUCGCCCGCCGGUCAGCCCCGGCGAGAGACCGUACAGUCAAGACUCGCCGAACCUGCGAUUCAGCCAGCUUCAGCUGCCCGGCAGCCCUGGCGCGCACCAUAGCGCGUCCGUGCUCUCCCUGGACUCCGUGGUGGGCAGCAAGACCGACUUCAAGCUGCAGAAGGUCGACCCGUUCUUCACCGACAGCACGGGCGAGUACUACCGGGCCUUCGACAAGCGACUCGGCGACCUGAACGGAUCGACAUCCGAGUCCCAGCUCUGCAUCGAGGAGUAUCUGAUCAAGAGUGAGAAGGAAUGGUUCGACAAGUUCCGCGACGCCAAACUGGGCCGGCUCAGGUCUCCGGCCUCGUCCAUCUUCCGCGACAAGACCGGCCCUUCGCCCGCGCCCUCCUACUACGACGACGGGGGCUCGCGCAUGAGCGGCAGCAACUCGCCCGACAUCGAGGACGACGAGUUCCUCCUCGGAAAGGACUACGUGCCCCCGACCGGUCUGAAGAAGUGGAUGCAGAUCCGCAUCGGCGACUGGCCCAUCUACUCCCUCUUCCUGGCCCUGGGGCAGGUCAUCGCCGCCAACUCGUACCAGGUCACCCUGUUGACCGGCGAGGUCGGUGAGACGGCCGAGAAACUGUACGGCAUCGCCACGACCUACCUGAUCGCUUCCAUCUGCUGGUGGCUCAUCUUCCGGUACUUCAAGUCGGUGAUCUGUCUGUCUGUGCCGUGGUUCUUCUACGGCCUUGCCUUCCUGCUUAUUGGGUCGGCCCAUUGGGAGAGCAACAGCUUCAACCAGGGCUGGAUCCAGAAUAUCGGCACCGGCGCCUACGCCGUCGCCUCGUCCAGCGGGUCCAUGUUCUUUGCGCUCAACUUCGGUGACGAGGGCGGUGCCCCCGUCGAGACCUGGAUCUUCCGCGCCUGUCUGAUCCAGGGCUUCCAGUCCGCCUAUAUUAUUGCCCUGUGGUACUGGGGUUCCACCAUCUCCAAGGCUUCCAGUGAUGGUGUCACCACGAGCACCUUUGCUGAUAGCUGGAAGAUGACUGCAAUCUGCUACCCCAUUGCCUUCGCGCUCUGGGCCGUCGGCGUGCUCAUCUACUUCGGUCUGCCCAACUACUACCGCCAAACCCCCGGCAAGGUGGCCUCGUUCUACAAAUCCGUCUUCCGGAGAAAGAUUGUCAUCUGGAACUUCAUUGCCGUCAUCCUGCAGAACUUCUUUCUCAGCGCGCCGUACGGUCGCAACUGGGGCUUCCUGUGGACAUCAUCCCACACGAAACCAUGGCAAAUCGUCAUCCUGUGCGUGGUCUUCUUCGGCUUCGUCUGGGCGGGCUUCCUCUUCAUCGUGAGCAAGUACUUCAACUCGCACAGCUGGUUUCUCCCCGUGUUCGCCUGCGGGCUGGGCGCCCCCCGCUGGGCCCAGAUCUGGUGGGGCGUCUCCGGCAUCGGCUACUACCUGCCGUGGGUGUCGGGCGGGUACGUCGGCGGCGCGCUCGCCUCCCGCAGCUUGUGGCUCUGGCUCGGCGUCCUCGAUUCCAUCCAGGGUCUCGGCUUCGGUAUCAUCCUCCUGCAGACCCUGACUCGCAUGCACAUGCUCUUCACCUUGAUCUGUUCGCAGGUCGUCGGUUCCAUCGCCACGAUCUGUGCGAGGGCCUUCGCGCCCAAUGGACUCGGCCCGGGGCCCGUCUCCCCGGAUCCCACUUUCGGGGCGAGCGCUGUUGCGAAUGCUUGGUUUUGGGUGGCGUUGAUUUGUCAGUUGUUGGUUUGCGCCGGCUUCAUCCUCUUCUUCCGGAAAGAACAGCUUUCCAAACCCUAAUCGAUUCGAUCUCAUCUCGUUUCAUCUCAGCUCAGCUCCAUCCUAAUCACUACACUAUAUGUCAAUGAUCUGGUAUGGACAGACUGAUUGAUGGUCUGAUUGACUGACCGACUGACUGAUGAUCAAUCGAUCGAUCGCUUGCAUUGCAUCCACGGCGUGGGGAAUGAUCUGUAUGGCGUCUCCACGGCGAAUGAUUCCUCUUAUGUAUCUGUCUCCAUCCAUCGCUUGGGAUUACUCUUUGUCUCGAUAUGUUAAUAUAAUCAUGUGUGUAUAUAUAUCUCUCUUCUGGACGGAUGACAUUUUUGGUGUUCAAAUAAGUUUUUCUCAUGGG